AUGGCUCUCAGAGAAUCUGGAUUCAAGCAUUUAGAACGAGUAAUUGAUCUUACAUGCACACCGUCCCCGGCGGCCAAAACAGUGACUGGCAUUCCUAUAAUCCAACCAGUUACGUCGCCUUCCGGGACUACAAGAACCACAAAGGCCGCACAAUCUGGCUAUGGGAGCAGAUCACAGCUCGAUACGGAUCCAACAUCUAGGUUUCGUCUGCCCGCGUUCUACCAGGGAAUCGAGAGAGCUAUCCGUACCGUCGAUCCGGGUCAUAUUUUCUGGCUGGAUGGGAAUACCUUUGCUAUGGAAUGGAGGGGGUUUGAUCGGUUUCUUCCGAAUUGUGUAUACUCAAUGCAUGAUUACUCGAGUAUGGCUUCUCCACUGGGGAAUGAUACAAAGGAACCCCCGGAACUAAAGGUCCAAAUCGAACGACAGAACCCGCGCAAAGGAGCCUUCAUGAACCACCACGACACAGCGAUCUUGAACGGCGAAUUCGGUCCUGUAUAA